AGAAAACAAAAUGCAGAACUCGUCUUCUUGUGCAACCAAGAACAGAAGACGACGAUGUGCACUGCUCUGACGCGAUGCUCUCACGCCAACGCUCUCUUCAGACCUCUCACCAUGCCCAAACCCCGCAAUUCGCACCUUCACCUCUCAUCUUCAUCCGCCAUCAACAACAAAGGAUCAGGAUCAAGAUAUGAUGCAUUGCUGUUGGAUGCUGGAGGCACCCUCUUGCAAUUGGCCAACCCAGUUGAGGACACCUACGCCGCCAUUGGAGCCAAAUAUGGUUUGCAUCUGAGUCCUUCUGAGAUCAAACAAGGGUUUAAGAGAGCAUUUUCUGCUCAAUGGCCUCAAAAGCUACGUUACCAGGGAGAUGGGAGGCCAUUUUGGAAAUUUGUGGUUUCUGAAGCCACUGGUUGUGGAAAUGAAGAUUAUUUUGAGGAAGUUUAUGAGUACUAUGCAAAAGGUGAUGCAUGGCAUCUUCCAGAUGGAGCUCAUGAAGCAAUUACUCUUCUCAAGGAUGCUGGAGUUAAGAUGGCUGUUGUAUCCAAUUUCGACUCCCGCUUAAGGAAUCUAUUGAAGGAUCUUGAUGUUUUAAAUCUAUUCGAUGCUGUCAUUAUAUCAUCAGAGGUUGAAUAUGAAAAACCAGACCCAAGAAUAUUUCAAGCAGCUCUAGAUCAACUAAAUGUAGAGGCUUCCAAAGCCAUACACAUUGGAGAUGAUGAAAAGGCAGAUAAAUUCGGUGCGAAUGCUGUGGGGAUAGAUUGCUGGUUAUUGGGUACUGAUGUGAAGACAUUCUCUGAGAUACACAUCCGCAUCCUUAACUCACAGGCAUAAUUUUUACUCGUAAGCAUCGGUCAAUAGGAAGUCAUUGAAGUUUUUCCCUUUGGUUGCCUCGUUUCUGCUAUUGCUUUUAAUGUAAUCUGUAGCUCUGAUUUGUCAUAGUGAUGCCUACCAUUUGAUCGGGCGAUAUGAGUAAUGCUAUCCUCCUUAAAUUUUCAUACACGGGGCAUAAACAUUGUUGUGAUGAACUUGGUAGCUAAGUUUUGCCUCCCAAAUUUCAUUUGCUGUUCUACGAACAGCAGGAGACAAGUUCAUUACCACUUUUAUGUAACCCUUUACUUUUUUUGUGUUAUAAUAUGUUUAGAUCAACUUCUCUUUCCUCG